AUGCCUGGUGGGGUGUCCGUCAGUGUCUCCACCUUCAACCUUGUGGCCAUUUCCCUGGAGCGCUACAGUGCCAUCUGUAACCCGCUCACCUCACGCAGCUGGCAGACCAAAUCACACGCAGCCAAGGUGAUCACAGCGACGUGGGCCGCCUCCUUCGUGCUGAUGUUACCGUACCCCAUCUUCAGCACACUGAAGCCCUUCACGCGCCUCAACAACAGCACGGGUCACAUGUGUCGUCUGGUGUGGCCCAACGACAUCAUCCAGCAGUCCUGGUAUGUGUCCCUGCUCCUCAUCCUCUUCCUCAUCCCGGGCAUCGUGAUGAUGACGGCGUACGGCCUCAUCUCCAUGGAGCUCUACAGAGGCAUCAAGUUCGAGCUGUCGAGCAGGAAGGCCAGUCGGGAGCGCCAAGCGAGCACCGGCAGCAUAAAACCCGGAGACAGCGACGGUUGCUACCUCCAACCGUCCAACAAGAAGAAGAGCUCCGGCCCCUUCAGCUCCAAGUCGGUGGUGGGCCGCGUGUGCAGCAGCAGCAGCCCCACGGCCAACCUCAUGGCCAAGAAACGCGUGAUCCGAAUGCUCCUGGUCAUCGUCUGCCUGUUCUUCCUCUGCUGGACCCCGGUGUUCGUGGUCAACGCGUGGCAGGCCUUCGAUCGGCGUUCGGCCUACCAGCUCACGGGCGCCCCCAUCUCCUUCAUCCACCUGCUGUCCUACACCUCGGCCUGCGUCAACCCCAUCAUCUACUGCUUCAUGAACAAGAGGUUUCGCCAAGGCAUGCUUUCCACGUUCAGCUGCUGCGCCAAAAAGCCAGGAGGCAGCUCUGUAGGCAGGUCCGGCACCACGAUCAAAGGCGUUGGUGGAAAUGGCGGUGGAAAUGGAGGUGGAAAUGGCGGGACUAUACGGGGAAAAGCAGAGAAAAACGGGCACACGCCGCCGAGUGGGGCCAGCACCAAGUUUACAUACACCGGAGUGCGAACUUUAACGUGGAAUGACAUGACCUAA